AUGGUCAGACCAAGGUUCCAGUUGGGCAUGAUGUUUGGUAGUGUCGUGAUAUUGAGGGAUGCUCUUAGACUGAUGGCUUUAAAAAGGGGCUGGGAGUAUCAGUAUCAGAAGAAUGACAAGGUCAGACUAAAGGCUAUAUGCAAACAAGAUAAUUAUCCUUUUCUGCUAUUUGCUUCUAAAUUGCAACAUGAGGAUACUCUUAAGAUCAAGGAGUGGAUUCCUCGCCACACAUGCAUGGUGAGGAUGGUUGAGGGUUCCAUCCGAGAUCAGUUUGCAAGGUUAAAAGACUAUGCGAAUGAGUUGAAGAGGGUUAAUCCUGAUACCACAAUGGAUAUAAGGUGUGAUUUCAGCAACAGUAACAAGGAUCCACAGUUUCAAAGAAUGUAUAUAUGCUUGGGAGCCUUGAAGAAUGGAAUGAAAUCUGGUUGUAGAAGUGUGAUGGGCUUAAAUGGUGCAUUCUUGAAAAGUCCAUUUGGAGGCCAGCUUUUGACUGCUGUUGGUGUGGAUGCAAACAACAACAGCUGGGUUAUUGCAUAUGCUAUGGUGGAAAAUGAGAAUAAAGAUUCAUGGAUCUGGUUUUUGGAACUUCUUUGCAAGGACUUAGAUAUCAAGGAAGAUGGAGUAGGAUGGGUUUUUAUUAGUGACAAGCAGAAAGGCCUCAUUCCUGCAUGUCAAAUGGUGGUACCAAGCGCGGAAAUCAGAUUUUGUGUAAGGCAUAUGUGGACCAAUUUCAUAAAACUAUUUCGUGGAAAAGUUUUGAAAGAUCAAAUGUGGAAGUGUGUCAGGAAUACUACAAUGCCUUACUACCUUAAAGACAUCGAAGAGAUGAAUGAUCUUGAUAAGGAUGCAUACAAAUGGAUGACACACGAGGAUAGGCCUCCAAGACAUUGGUGUCAGGUAUUUUUCAACACAACCAGCAAUUGUGACAUAAUGGAUAACAAUAUAUGUGAGAGUUUCAAUGCAGUUAUCGUGGAUGCUAGAAAGAAGCCUCCCAUUACCAUGUUCGAAGAAAUAAGGUGGAAGCUUAUGAAGAGGAUUCAAAUGAGAAGGCAGAUAAUGGACAAGUAUGAGCACAAUAUUUGCCCUAAGCCAAGAGACACUUUGGAGAAGAACAAGAUCAAAUCUGCAGAUUGUACUCUAACUUUCAAUGGUGGGGAUAGAUUUGAGGUUGAAAACAUUCAAGGAACCAAGAAUGUUGUUGACCUAAGGCUGAGAACAUGUAGUUGCAGGAGCUAG